GGAAGCAAACGAAGACGUGUGAGAAAAUACUUAUCCACUCAAGGACAAAACUGUGUGUCCCAAAAUUGAACUAACAUUUCAAAUUUUUAGCCAACAAUGGCUACUCCUCUGUAUCUGUCUUCAUCUUCUUCAGUUAAACUUCACGAAAUCUCCACCUUUAUUCAUUCUUUCCCACCAAAUCCAAAUCUCUCAUCAAAUCUACUUCUUUCUUCCCCAAGAAGAAGACCAUUUUCCGAUCAUUUUCCGGCGGUCAGUUAUGUACCGGAAUCUUUGAAAUUCAGGGCAAGGGUUUCCUUCUUUCCGUUUUUCUCCAACAAAAGCGAAGACACGGAGAGCCUUAAGCUUGCGCUUCUCGAAGCCAUAGCCCCACUUGAUCGCGGUGCUGAGGCCACUCCUGAAGACCAAAAGCUUGUUGAUCAGAUUGCAAGCAAACUUGAGGCAGCUAAUAAAGUGAAGGAGCCCCUGAAGUCAAGUUUAUUGAAUGGAAAGUGGGAGCUUUUGUAUACUACAUCUCAAUCAAUUCUGCAAACCAAGAGGCCCAAAUUCUUGAGAGCCAAUGGAAAAAUUUACCAGGCUAUCAAUGCAGAUAUAUUGAGGGCUCAGAAUAUUGAAACAUGGCCAUUUUUCAAUCAGGCCACUGCCAAUUUAGUUCCUCUUAAUGCACAGAGAAUUGCUGUAAAAUUUGACUCUUUCAAGAUAGCAAGUCUGAUACCUAUAAAGAGCCGCGGAAGUGGUCGUGGUGAACUUGAAAUCACAUACCUGGAUGAAGAACUAAGGAUAUCAAGGGGCAACCAAGGAAACCUGUUUAUUCUAAGAAUGGUGGAUCCAUCAUAUAGAGUCCCUUUUUAAGCAUGGCUCCUGGGGAUAGUGAUUGUCUCAAGCAGUCUCUCUUAGAACCAUUUCAGUUGGACUUUAGUGUUGGAAGUAGUUCUCAGAAGUAUUUCAGUUCAUUGCUGGAAACAAGAUAUACAUCUGAAGUAUACAAGCUUGAGCAGAUCUCCGGUCAGCAAUAAUAAAGAUAUGCUUCGUGGCAAAACUUAACAGCAUAGUCCAAGUGAGCUUGCUUGACAUCUUUACUGUGCUAUGAUUGACCAUCAUAAUAGCAAAUAAACUCAUUCCUUGUAGUUAGAUCAAGCAGGAACUUCUGGAUCUGUAUCUUCUAUAAUGCAUAGUAACUAUGAGAUCUCAAUUCUUCUUUUGUUUUCUCACUAUUGAAUAUGAUUUAAUACUCUUAUUGUCUA